AAUAAAACAAGUUUUCUACAAAAUUUACUUGAUUAGAUUUUAAAAAAAUAACUUUUUGAGAAAAAUGAUAGAUUAAAUAUUAUUUGCCUGCGAACUUAUUAAGAUGACUCAAUAGCAUCUUCUAGAUUAGCUUGACACAAAGAAGAAAAUGUAAUAUAAUGAAAACUAUGAGAAUGAAAAAAAUACAUAGAACAUAACUAACAUAAAAAAGUAUAUCUCUUAUUAAAUUGAAUAAGCUGCAAUUAUGAUGAAAAUAGUAUAAGAAAUUUAAUAAAAUGAAGAACUUUUGAUCUAAAAAGAAUAGCAAUUAUUUAAAGAGGCAUUUGAAAAAGAAUUUAAAGUCGAAUUUAAACUUACAAAACUUGCUUACGAUUUAUCAGUAGCAAACUACGAGGAUGUGUGCUUUAAAAAUUUUGGCAGUGAGUUUAGAGUAGCAGAAUGGACUGAUUUAGAGGAUAUAUUUUAUGAUUUAGAGGAAGCUAAAAUAGACAAUUUCGUAGAAUACUUAGGUUUUAACAAUUCACAAAAUGAUUUUGCAAUAAAAUAUAAUGGAAAUCACAAAUAUUCUCAAUCUAGAUUUUAUUUUGUAUCAUGGCACAAUCAUAAGAAACCAGACCUUUAUCUUGCUCAUGAAAACAUCGAUAAUUACCUUUUAAGUUUAGGUUCAUGGGUAGGAAGCAAGAGAAUACUAUGUAUUAAAAAGUUAAAAGAAGAAACAUAAGAAAAUGAGAUAUCUAUUAACGAAGAAUGAUCUGACCUUUAUUGAGUUAAUUUUAAGAACAUUAUACUUUCAAAUAUUUAUUUAAAAUAAGAUAAUUUUAUUAAAUUUAUUGCAAAAAGCAUUCUAAAUCAAGUUAUAUGCUAGUAAAUAUAAGUUAUGAUUACUGGUAAGCUAUUUUUAGUUAAAAUUAUUGUUCAACAAAAAAAUAAUUUAUUAUAUUAAAAAACUAAAAUUUUAACUAAGUUAUAAAUUUAAGUAAUG